CUAACUUCACAAUGACUGUACCGCCGCCCCCCCCCCCCCACCAAAACCAGAGAGAAUGGUCGGUCUACCUUUCGAUUGCCUUGCGAAUCCUCUGGGAGCCGUACGACUGACCUUUGAGAAGGCAGUGACAUCAGGCACCGACCCGGCAACCUUCGAUGGCAGAGACUGGGGCGCCAUCGAUCUCUUUCGCGAGUUUCUCUUCGACAAGGGCGGUCUUUCUAAGGUUCCUAUCCUUGACCACGAGAAUGUCAGAUGGAUUGAGCCCAAUUCUCUGGUUCGCUUUAGGGGAAUGGUGCAAGACAUGCUUGGCAACGAAUUCUAUGUUGGUGCUUUCAAGGAUGGCUCCACGUGGAGAACAAACAAGUUUACUGAUGUUGCUUCGUUCCCUAUGGGUUCAUCUUCUGAAGUUAAAGUCUGGGAACGCCGUCUUUUAUACUGCAUUCCGGUUCCAGCUCAGAAUUCAUGGACCCAAGCAAUUCAUUCUGAAACUGUUGUAAACAGAUAUAAGAAUCAGACAAGCCAACAUGGAGAGAAGCGCCAUAGAGAGGAUGAUGCAGCUGUUGAUCACAUGGAUUCAACAGCUUCAGAGCAUGAGUUUCAAGGUUCACCUCCACUCUCCAAAAAGAUGUGUGAAGGCACACUUCCUUCUUGGACACAAGAAUCAGCCAGCAACUCUUCUAAAUUAAGCAUGAUUCCUGAUUUUGACCAAAGUUCCCUUCCAUGUCUCGUUAAGAUAUAUGAUUUGCUGGAGUCUGAUUUGAAGCUGAAUGAUGUCUUUGAUUUUGUUGGUGUCUUCACUUUUAAUCCAGAGCUUGCAGUUCACAUGGAUGAGUCCGAUGAGUUUUCUAAUGGUGUUUGUGAAGAUGCUCUGGUUCACUUGCCUCCUAGCAAGGUACCACGCCUUCAUUGUUUUAUCCAUCGAAAGCUUGGAGUUCAUGAUUUCCUUCACAGUCCUCCCAUUACUGAGCCAACACCACAUUUGGUUAGAGGGAUAAGAGAAAGUCUGCUAGGGCAUCUUACUGCUAUUCUUGGCAAUGAUGGAGUAGCAGCUCACUGCAUGGUAUUGCAUCUUCUGUCUAAGGUCCAUGCUAGAGUUGAUACUGUUGCAGUUGGAAAGCUCUCAUUAAACCUUACAGGUUUUACAAAAGAAAGUGCAUCUAUUUUUGGAAAUCAGCUUAAUCUUGCAAUCCAGAACCUCCUACCUUUUACACGAUCAAUACCUCUUACUGUGGAGUACCUUAAUAGUGCUUCAAUUGCCCCAAGAAAAGAUUACCAAACAGACAGGUUGGUCACUGGAGUUCUGCAGCUAGCUGAAGGAACCCACUUAACCAUUGAUGAGACUCAACUAAAAGCAGGGACUCUUAACUCCAUUGGAGUAGAAAACGUGAGGUUGCUUAAGAAUCUAAUGGAGUGGCAGAAGGUUGACUAUGAUUUUGAGUACUACAAAAUGGAAAUGACCAGUGAUGUCCAGAUACUAAUCUUCUCUGAGGGGAAGUCAAACAUCUUGCCUGCAGAUUUAGUCUUACCUUUCCGGCCUUCUGCCAUGUCUUCUUGUGAAAAUAAGGGUACAGAAGUGCUGCAAGCUUGGAGGUGGUAUUUGACUACUCUAAGAUCAAUGCCACAUUCCAUAGAGCCAGAAAUGCAGAAGAUAUGUUUGCAGGCAAUAGAGGAUGACCUGGUUGCUGCUAGGCAAGCAAAUCGGAGCUUAGGCAGCCAGGAUUUCAGCAGGUGGUUGGCAAUGGCCCGCUUAAUGUCAGCUAGCUUUGGUGAAAGCUGCCUGUCACUGGAGCAUUGGCAAAUGGUCAAGGAGUUAGAGAGGCAGAGGAGGGAGAGACUGGGGUGAAGGAUGGAAAUGUGUUUACUGGGUCUAAGGUUUGUAGAAAGAAGGAAAUGGGAGUCUGCUGUUAUGCAGGUCAGUUAAGGAUCAUCGAGAUCUGUACUACAAACGUGGGUUUCAUACUUGCGGUCAAAAGAAGGAUAUAUCCCAGUAACAGAUGGCAAAAAUAAAAUCGCCAUGCCAAGUCUAAGAUUCGACGUCAA